AUGCGACAGGCUGAAAUAUGCAUAUCUAUCUAUCUAUCUAUCUAUCUAUCUAUCUAUCUAUCUAUCUAUCUAUCUAUCUAUCUAUCUAUCUAUCCCUUAUAUUCUAACAUCUAUCUAUCUGCUUAUAUUCUAACAUCUAUCUAUCUAUUAUAUUCUAACAUCUAUUUAUCUGCUUAUAUUCUAACAUCUAUCUAUCUAUCUAUCUAUCUAUCUAUCUAUCUAUCUAUCUAUCAUCAUUUUAGGUGCAACGGACAAAUUGACGUACGUCCGUAUACAUCUUAUUUGUCUUUGUUUUUCCUUUCUUCUUUUCGACGCUUUUCUUUGACAUCUUUCUCUUGGAUAACCAUCAUUCGAGAAUUUUCCUUUCUUAACAUUCCUUUUCGCUCUGUGUUAAAUUCUUUCCUUGAUUUUUCAUUUUUAUUUUCAGUCCUACUCUCUUGGUUAACCCUCAUUCGAGAAUGUUCCUUUCUUAAUAUUCUAUGUCGCUCUUUGAUCUUUACCUUUCUUCACGCCCUCGCUCUAUCACUCCCUCUCUUAAUUUGUAUCUUCUUUCCAGAUCUUUUCCUUUCUUCACGCCCUCGCUCUAUAACUCCCUCUCAUAAUUUGUAUCUUCUUUCCAGAUCUUUUCCUUUCUUCACGCCCUCAUCUUUUCCUUUCUUCACGCCCUUUCACUAUAACUCCAUCUUUACCUUUCUUCACGCCCUCGCUCUAUCACUCCCUCUCUUAAUUUGUAUCUUCAUUCCAGAUCUUUACCUUUCUUCAUGCCCUCGCUCUAUCACUCCCUCUCAUAAUUUGUAUCUUCUUUCCAGAUCUUUUCCCUUUCUUCACGCCCCUCUCUCUAUCCCUCUCUUAAUUUAUCUUUUCAUUUCUUCGUCCUCCUCUAUAACUCCUUCUCAUAAUUUUAUCUUCUUUCCAGAUCUUAUCCUUUCUUCCGCCCUUCUCUAUAACUCCUCUCUUAAUUUGUAUCUUCUUUCCAGAUCUUUUCAUUUCUUCACGCCCUCCUCUAUAACUCCUCUCUUAAUUUGUAUCUUCUUUUCCAAUCUUUUCCUUUCUUCACAUCUUUUCAUUUCUUCACGCCCUCCCUCUAUAACUCCCUUCAUAAUUUGUAUCUUCUUUCAAGAUCUUUUCAUUUCUUCACGCCCUCCCUCUAUAACUCCCUCUCUUAAUUUAUCUUUUCCUUUCUUUCCGCCUCCCUCUAUAACUCCCUCUCUUAAUUUGUAUCUUGUUUCCAGAUCAUUUUCCUUUCUUCCCGCCCUCCUCCAUAACUCCUCUCUUAAUUUAUCUUUUCAUUCUUCACGCCCUCCCUCGAUAACUCCUCUCUUAAUUUGUAUCUUCUUUCCAGAUCUUUUCAUUUCUUCACAUCUUUUCUUUCUUCACCCUUUCUCUAUAACUCCCUCUCUUAAUUUAUAUUUUCAUUUCUUCACACCCUCCUCUAUAAGUCCCUCUCUUAAUUUGUAUCUUCUUGAGAUCUUUUCCUUUCUUCCGCCCUUCUCUAUAACUCCCUCUCUUAAUUUGUAUCAAUUUUGUGAUCUUUUCCUUUCUUCACGUCCCUCGCUCUAUCACUCCCUCUUCUUAAUUUUGUAUCUUUCUUUCCAGAUCUUUUCCUUUCUUCCACGAUCCUCCUUUAUAACUCCCUCACUUAAUUUGUAUCUUCUUUCCAGAUCUUUUCAUUUCUUCACACCCUCCCUCUUGCUCCCUAUCUUAAUUUGUAUCUUCUUUCCAGAUCUUUUCAUUUCUUCACGCCCUCCCUCUAUAACUCCUUCUCAUAAUUUAUCUUUUUCCAGAUCUUACCUUUCUUCACGCCCUCGCUUUAUAACUCCCUCUCUUAAUUUGUAUCUUCUUUCAAGAUCUUUUCCUUUCUUUACGCCCUCCCUUUAUAACUCCCCAUUUAAUUUAUCUUUCAUUUCUUCACGCCCUCCCUCCUAUCUCCCCUCUCUUAAUUUGUAUCUUCUUUCCAGAUCUUUUUCAAUUCUUCGCCCUCCCUCGAUAACUCCCUCUCUUAAUUUUUAUCUUCUUUCCAGAUCUUUUUCAUUUCUUCACAUCUUUUCCUUUCUUCACGCCCUCCCUAUUUAUAACUCCCUCUUAAUUUUGUAUCUUCUUUCCAAGAUAUUUUUUCAUUUCUUUGCCCUCCCUCUAUCGUCCAUAUUUUUAAUUUGUAUCUUCUUUCAAGAUCUUUUCAUUUCUUCGCCUCCUCCCUAUAACUCCCUUCAUAAUUUGUAUCUUCUUUCCAGAUCAUUUUCCUUUUCUUCACAUCUUUUCAUUUUCUUCCGCCCUCCCUCUAUAUUCCCUCUCUUAAUUUGUAUCUUCUUUCCAGAUCUUUCCUUUCUUCAUGCCCUCCUCUAUAUCCCUCUCAUAAUUUGUACCUUCUUUCCAGAUCUUUUUCCUUUCUUCACACCCCCCCUCAUAUUAACUCCCUCUCUUAAUUUGUAUCUUCUUUCCAGAUCUUUUCAUUUCUUUGCCCUCCUCUAUAACUCCCUUAUCUUUUCAUUUCUUCACACAUUUUUCUUUUUAGAUCUUUCCUUUCUUAGCAUCGUCUAUAUUCUUUUCCAGAUCUUUUCUUUUCCUUUCUUCACGCCCUCCUCUAUAACCCCUCUCUUAAUUUAUAUCUUUUUUCCAGAUUUAUCUUUCAUUUCUUCACGCCCUUUCUCUAUUUUUGAGAUCCCUCUCUUAAUUUGUAUCUUCUUUUCCAGAUCUUUACCUUUCUUUUACCCUCCCUCUAUCACUCCCUCUCAUAAUUUGUAUCUUCUUUCCAGAUCUUUUCAUUUCUUCACCCUCCCUCGAUAA